AUGGAGUCUUUCCUUGUAGACAGCGAAGACUUUUCAAUGGCGGAUAUCUUGGACCUUCGAGGCAUGAGCUUAUUGGAUCAGCAACCUCAAGAACGUGAGGUGCAGCUGCCAUCCCGCAUACACAGUCACCAUGAUGCUCUCGCCAUUGAACACCAGAGACAAAUAGAGGAGAGUUGCAGGAAAUCGAAACCUCAGAACAACAGCACAAGUGGUACCGGUAGCGACAAUAAGAGACAGGGCAGAAGAAGCCUCCCACCCAAUCUAGACCAUAUUAUGGAGCUGUUGCCUUCUGACCCCCCAAGGCUCAAGAAGGAAGGGAGGAGAAGCUUACCUCCAAUGUCGGAUCAGACCUUGCAGAAUCUUUUCCCUGAGAAUGAGUUAGAUGUUCAGUUUCAACAAGAUCUGUGGGACAGGGCCACGGGGCAACACCAGAGCACCAAGAAGAUGGAACCAGAAGACGACGAGAGUGAAGCAGAAAGCAUAUGCGGCUCGGCAUCUUUUUAUGCUACCGACAUCCUAGAUGAAAAGCCCAGAGCCGGUCCUGCUGGGAUCUCUCUUGACGGAACUGGUAUCGGUAGCAUCUAUCCAGCAAGAAGUAGGGAGAAGCUUGUAUCAGAGAAAAGUGGCAAAGAUAAGGACUCCCCCCGAACUAGCUUUACUCGAAGAGGUGCGAACAAGGCUGCUACUAGCAUUUAUGAUCUGGCCAAGCCAGGAGUCCCCAACCUUGAUCCAACCAGAAGCCUAGCCCAGGGUUUUGACGAGGAGCCGGGGGCAUUUCGAGUCACAGAAGAUGGACAGACCGAACCAGGAUGUUCAGACCGUGUCUCGCGAAAAGAUAAGGGUGGGAAAUCGUCCUUGUCAAGCUCAUACCGGCUGACACCUGCUCCACAAGCUGCCUCGUCCGAUAACGAUACGAGGAGCUCCGACGACGAGGAUGACCAAAAGAUGGGAGCUGUUGCAGUCGAAGCAGAGAUUGUUCCCACGACAGAAUCACAAAGUGCUCCACAAGUGGCUAAGCCAGUGCUCCAUAGCAACCGCAGCAGUACUACUGGCAGUCAACUCCAAAGCGACCUAGGUGUUGUUGACACACCGGAGGCAUCCAGUAUAUCCAACUCGACAUUGGACAAUGCUCCGCCCGGUGCGGAACAAAUACACAGCGCCCCCGACGGCGAAGAAGCUCCUUUGCUGACUCAAAACGGUCCUGAUAUGUCGUUGUUAUUGCAACACUGCGAAUUCCCUCUGGACCGAAUGCUACCACACCUCUUUCCCUAUCACGCAUCGAUUGGAGGCGUAGAUGUGAGUCCUCCAAGUGCCACCACCACAACUCCUCCACCAACGGCCGUCAAACGCAAGAAAUUUCGAUUGUUCUCGUGCUUUCGUCGUUUGCGCAAGAGAAGGAGAAAAAGCAAAGGCGACAGUCUCCAAGAACCGAAACAAGAUACGUGUCCUUCCGUGGCUUACGUCAGGACGACAUCGAAUCCGGACGAAGUGUCCACCAUGACACCUCUGGAUUAUUUGUCUCGUCGUACUGCUACUGGCGACGAAGCUACGAAAAAGCUGGAACGGAGAGAUUGGCAACUUUUGGAGCGCAUCCAAAACGGAGCCAUUGGAAUCGGUACCAGCCCCGAGUUGAUUCACAUACUAUUGGAUGGAAUCGUCACGGCAUGCGUGGCAAUGAAAUCCAGCGAUAAGAAGAAGAAAAAGGCGCCAGCCGUAGCAAUGGAUCCAACUGGCUAUGACGAGGCUCACGGGGUCCUGAUUCAGAGUCAAAACGCUGUUGGGUGGGACAAGUUUCUUUCGGGCCAAGGAAUAGCCUGCGAGUGGACCGUCCUCCAACAACAACAUCUGAGCAAUGAUGGGGGAGCACCGAGCAAUGAUGGUAUGGCGGCAUCGUGGGAAGACACCAUGCGAAACAUUCUGGUGCUGAAUUACACCCUCUGGAUGAAUGCUGCUUAG